AUGGCUGCCGGAAGGUUACUGCUCUACACGGGCCUCUCGCUAGCGCUCUGCGCCCUCGGCAUGCUGGCCGUGGCCAUCUGCUCGGACCACUGGUACGAGACGGACGCCAGGAAGCACAGGGACAGGUGCAAGGCCUUCAACACCCGCCGGGUCGACCCGGGCUUCAUCUAUAACAACAACAACAACUUGCCGCUGCGAGCGAGCCGCUCGCGCCUGGACCGCUGGGAGGGCAAACUCCUCCGGGCCCGCAAUCGCCGGCAACUCUUCGCCAUGAGCCCCGCCGACGAGUGCAGCCGGCAGUACAACUCCACCAACAUGGGCCUCUGGAGGAAGUGCCACCGGCAGGGCUUCGACCCCGAGAUCGCGGCCCUCAUUCGGAAAGGAGAAAUUGAGCGAUGCACGUACAUCAAAUACCACUACUCCUCAGCCACCAUCCCCAGGAACCUCACUUUCAACAUCACGAAGACCAUCCGUCAAGAUGAGUGGCAUGCCCUGCACCUGCGCCGGAUGACGGCUGGCUUCAUGGGCAUGGCAGUGGCCAUCAUCCUCUUCGGCUGGAUCAUCGGUGUGCUGGGCUGCUGCUGGGACCGAGGCCUUAUGCAGUACGUGGCCGGGCUUCUCUUCCUCAUGGGAGGAACCUUCUGCAUCAUCUCACUGUGCACCUGUGUGGCUGGGAUCAACUUUGAGCUGUCGCGUUACCCACGCUACCUGUAUGGACUCCCCGAUGACAUCAGCCAUGGCUAUGGAUGGUCCAUGUUCUGUGCGUGGGGGGGCCUGGGCCUCACGCUGAUCUCGGGAUUCUUCUGUACCUUGGCCCCUUCCGUUCAACCUGUCCCGAGGACCAACUGCCCUAAAUCCAGACCCGAGAAUGGGACGGUGUGCUGAAAACAAACCCACACACACACACACACAUAUAUAUAUAUAUAUAAAUAUAUAUAUAAUAUACAUAUAUAAAACAAAACUGAACCCAGCCGACGCCAGCACCAAGGUAGAGUCGAGUUGGCUCGGGUACCGCAUCUCGUCGGACUUCGUGUCGCCUCAUCGCCGAGAGGGGGAAGGUGUACCCGCCGUGUGGCUCUUCCAUCAAUUCCUAACUUUUGGCUCCAUGGUUCCUUGAAGACAGAGCGAACAUCACCCCUUGCAUAGCAUCUUGAUUCCUGUCACGCACGAGGAUGGGAGCUGGGAGGGGACGGCGCCAGUGCGCAGAAGCAGCAAGAUGGAGACGGAAGUGCCGUCCACUGGGCCACAGGUGAGGACCCCAGCCCGACACCAGUCAUGUCACAGAGAAACAGAGCCCUUGGUUCAUAGGAUGUAACCGAAUCUUUGAGGCCAUACAGAACCACUUCUCCUGUUCUUCCUAAUCUGAUUUCCUUCCUGGCCCACCAGUGACUCACAAGAAGUGGAAGAGAAAACAGACUGAGAAGGAAGUUUUUCUCUUUGCUGCCAAACUUUGGGACAAAGCUAUAGAGGUGGGAAGGGGGAGAUAACAAUACGCUGAGAGGCAAGAUCCACAUCAGUCAAAGGACACUUGAGUAAGACCCCGUCUUACCUUCCAGCUGCCUUACCCCAGUUAAACAAGAGGCCACUCUGCCCCUCACCCGCCUGCACCCCCUGGAGCAGAUCGGAGCCUGGGAGCCACCCUGUGAAGGGUGUGUGGGUGUGUGUAUGGGCAUGUGUGCAGCCACUUUGGGUGGUUUCCUUUUUUCACCUUUUUAAGUGGAAAUCCUGCAUUAUGACUGUUGUCUCUUUAUCAUUUCUGUGGGCCUCACGGCCCAGGAUGGAGGCCCCUUGACCCUGGGAGAAUAAUGAGGGUCAGGCCUCUCUGGGUGCCAGUUCUGCAGCUGCAGCACCCUGGCGUGUGCGGGGGGCGGGAGUGGUUUCUGAGUGUGGGGUUUUAUAGUCUGUGUUGCAUUUCUCUAUUAUUUUGAGUGCAACUGAAAUUCCCAGAGAGCAGAGCCAAGAACAGAACCAUUGGGCAGAGGCCCCUGUGGCCCAUCACAUCACAGUUCUGGGACACCACAGGAUUUAGUCCUCUAGUUUUAAAAAUUCAAGACACAGCUGGGCACAAAAGCCAUGAGAGAAGAGGGGGAGCAGUUGAGAAGGGAGAAGGAGUGUCCCUCUGUUUUUAUUGUAUAAGUAUGUAUAUCAAACAGUACCUCUCACUCCCCAUCAUGGAGGCUGUCCUUUGUCACUGGACAUCUACCCCCUUCCCUAGGGGUGACCUCUGUACAGAUGAAGGAAAAUGGGUCAUGUCCAGAGGGACACCUCCAUGUCCCAUGGGCUCAAGUUUGUAUGAUAUUGUGUAAAUCAAUGGAGAACUCUUAACUCUUUCUAUCUUCUUCCUUUUCCUCUUGAUAUUCAAGGCCAUGAAUCCCAAAAUAGCCAUCUUAGUGGCUAGCACCCAAAUAGAGGUGGCAUAAAUCCAGCCCAGCAUCUCAGGCUCAUUUGAGCAAAUUGGCACUGCAGGUGUUGGCAGGGUACAAAGCCAGAGAGUUGUGAAAGCUGUAGGGACAGGAGUCUGCCAGAAAGAGUAGACAGGGGCCGCUGACAGUCACCUCAGUGACCCUGCGUGGCUGAGCAGCCCCAGGGAGGCAAGGAGAGAAUCCCCGAGCUGCACAGCCGUGGGUCACCUGUGAGCCAAGAAUUCAGUUGCUUCGUAACUAAGUCCUCUUUGGGAAGUUUGCCGCCCACGCACUCUGGUUCAUCCACCUGUCUUCUAUCUUCUUGUGUCUCCUCCAGUUGCUCUCACCUCCUAACUACUCACCUUCUCCCUCUCCCAUCCACCAGGCCACAAGUCCUGCCUAUCUCCUCAUCUGCUCUUUCUGACUGUGUGUGUAUAAUUCACCCCCGGGUAGGACAGCCCAUGUGCAUGAAUAGCCAGAAUGUGUGGCCCUGUAUGUGAGUAUCUCUCUGGCACAUUGUGUGUAUGUUUGUGUCAGUAGGUACCUAGAUGCAGGUGUGAGUGUUCUAUUCAAGACUUCCUUGCCAGUGAGACUGGUCACCUUCUGCAGGUCUCACAUGUGGAUGUGUGGGGAGAGGAGUUGUGUUGUAUAGCAGGAAAUCCUGUUAGCUUCUAACGGAGCUUCUAAGGAUUUUUUAAGACAAAGGAUUUAUUCUAUGAGGAGGAAAAUAAUUUUCAGGAAAACCCAGUUUUUCAAUUGCAUAGGGAAUUUUUUAAAUUUUUUCUUUGAAAAGUUGAAUUUCUCUCUUAAGGGGAAGGGCAUACUUGGGCUUGAGGAAAAGUGACAAGUAUCUCAGAUGGAGAGGCCUGUGUCUUCCUUCUAAGAGCCUUUGGUGGGCUCUGCCAGGCGGGGAGAGGCAGGUGUCCCCACACAUCCAUUUGGGGCAGAGGGCUAGUCUGCGGCCAGACCCAGAUUCCAGCUCUUUUCCUGUUGCAGGAAAAUAGGGAGAGAAAUUAUAUAUCGGGCAAUUUGCUAUCAAUAAUUUAAACUUUUCUUAAGUAACUGUGUUUGAGAAUACUGCCUUCACCAGCCUGUUAUUAUUUAUGCCUUCAUUUAUAUCCCAUGCUUGCCAUAAACCGAUCAUGCACUCUCUCCAACUACUAGUCUUAAUGAUAGAUUUCUCAUGUGGCCUAUCCCUUCGAAGCCUUCCUGAAAUUUGAGGAAGACUCCAAGGAAAGAAGUAAACCACCUUGACUCAACCCACCGUCAGGGGAGCAGGAGCUUUGAGCUGCUGUUUUGGUCAUGGGGCCAGAGAGGUACAGAUACACACACUCAGGGGUCUGAACCUGCUUGGGGCCAGUAAAAGCCCAGCCACUAGGCCAGGGUGGGUGCCCCAGAGAACAAGUCCCGGCCAGGGGGAGAACGGUCAGGUGGCCUUGAUCCCUCCAGCAUAGAGGCCUCACCCCAGAUUAAGACAUGCUGGUCCAAGCUGUUACUGACACUUUCUUGCUAUGACGUGGCUGAGGAAGAAGAGAAGGAAGAGGGGGCCCCAACCUGCGAGAGACAGUUUAGGCCAGACUCUGCUGACUCCAUAUCAAAGUAAAAGCCAACCUUCUGGUGGGAUUUGACCGCGGCAGCCUCACUGAGCACCGAGCCCUCACAAGGGCACAUGCAGGUCUGUGCCCGUGCCUGUGUUCUGAGCUCCCUGCAGGUCAGCCCCUCGAUCAGGGAGGCCAUUUCAGCUUUUAUUUCCUUCCUUACUCUAUGGGAGUGGGGUGUCAGCCUGGAAAGAGGGCCUAUUGCUUUCUCUCUCCAUUCUGGGAGUUCAGGUUUCUUCUUCUGUUUCCUUUUCUCCUCUCCACCCACUGCACUUGCCCUCCACAUCAGCUUUGCGCAGUUAGAGCAGUUAGGGGCUGUGUCUCUGGAGAGGCUGACGUACUCCCAGCUGCCCCUUCCUUAUCUGCGGGGGCUGUAGGUCUCCUAAGGAGGUCUGCGGCUCCCUGGCAUCAAAACAGAAGAAAUUUUAGUGUGCCUCUUCCAGCUUUAAUCCUCCUUCAAGCCCCAGCCUUUCAACAGCAGCGCCCUUCCAACUCCGGGGAUCCCAGGGUCACAAAGACUUGGCAACUCCACCAACCACAGAGAAGCCCCCCUCGGCCGCACCUCCCGGCGCAGCGCCUGGAGCCCUGGUGCUGCGUUGGGGUGUUCUCUCGUCGCGGGGAGAGGGCUUCCCCCUAGCGCGCUCGCCUUCCUUUUGACAAGGGAAGAAGAAAUUCCAAAACUGAGUCUGGGCCCUAAGUCUUCCUGUCCAUCCACAGCCAUGAGAAGAGGUCUGCAGCGACGGGCCCACACGCCGCUGUCCUGAUUCUGGGAGGAUGGGCUGCUUUGGCCCUAAAGCUGCUCCCCGGAGUCAGGUUCAGGAUCCUCAGACACGUCACCCAGAGGCACUUAGAACCAGCUCUGUCUUCACCUGGCUUAUUCUGGGCGGGAAGUGACCCUCAAGCCUCUGAAGGGGAAGGAGCGGGAAAACCACACUCUGGUCAGCUUUGGUGCCAUUUGUGUGGCAUGCUUGGAGGAUUCUCAUAGCUUAAGUGAAACUGUUUUUCUGAAAACGUUCCCCCUGCUCCAGGGACCAGCCGUCACCCCAGACACGUCCA